AUGGAAGAAGAUAUGAGCCAACAGGACCAGCCUCACAGCAAGAAGUCAAAGCAAAGUUCAACCGCAAGAGCACAGAUUAUGUGGCUAGCAUAUAAACUGAGCAGCGUGAUGCAAAGCAAACAUCAGAACAAAUCCAGGAAUAUUGAAAACAAGGCCAAGGCACUGGAGCUGGAAAGCAAAGGAGCAACAAACAACGAAAGGAUGAAUCGCCAGCAGGAACCAUGA